CAAGGAAGAGGGUUAAUGUUAGCAGGGAGGGACAUAAACUCCUUCAAGCUUAGGUCCCUGGCGGCUCCCAGUCCUGCCCCAGUUCCUUAGCUUACCUCCCAGCUUCUCUUGGUUUCCAUUCCGACUUCCUUCCAUUCCCCCUUCCUUCUCCCCUUCUCCAGACUGGGUUGGGCUCCGAGUGAGGGGAAGGGUUAGCCCCUCCUCCCCCCUUCCCCACCCCUGCGUGCCUCCUAGGGGGCCGAGCAGCGGCAGCUGGGUGAACCCCCCCCCACCCCAGCGGCUGCUUUCUCCAGGCAACAGGCAGGCCUUCCUGCUUCACUUUCAGGUUUCUUGAAGUGCCCUCUCGCUCCAUCCUGCCAGGUUUCUGUUUUCCUUCCUGGGCUGGUGGCAGUGGGGGGCUGUGUCGUGGGCCCCACGGAGAUGCUCGGUGCUUGGGAUCGACGGGACCGGCCCCCCGAGGAGGGGGCAGCUGCAGAGCUCCCGGGCUUCGCUGUGGACAAGACCUUCUUCUCCUCCCUCAAAGGCAUCCUGCUGGAAACCGAGCUGGCCCUGACCUUCAUCAUCUUCAUCUGCUUCACGGCCUCUAUCUCUGCCUACAUGGCCGCAGCACUGCUGGAGUUCUUGAUCACGCUCGCUUUCCUCUUCCUCUACGCCACCCAGUACUACCAGCGCUUCGACCGGCUUAACUGGCCCUGUCUGGACUUCCUCCGCUGUGUCAGCGCCAUCAUCAUCUUCCUGGUGGUCUCCUUUGCAGCCGUGACCUCCCCGAAUGGAGCUGCCAUUGCUGCUUUUGUUUUUGGCAUUGUCCUGGUUUCAGUGUUUGCCUAUGAUGCCUUCAAGAUCUACCGGACGGAGAUGGCGCCCAGGGCCACCCAGGGGGACCAUCAGUGACUCUGGGGCACCUGUCUCCCAGGCCCAGACAGACAAAGGGGACUGUGGAGCCUAGACACAUCUCCUUUGGAUUCACGAGUCCCCCAGACCACCGUCCCCCACGCAGGUCCGCAGAGAUGUCUGGCCUGAGAAGUCACUGGGGACCUGUCUGUGGAGCCUGGUGCUCUGGGCUCUGCCUCCUGCUGAAGCCCUGGCCAGAGGAGGGGACUUAUGGGAUAGGGAGCAGCUGGGCCCCUACGUCAUGCCCAGAUUAAAAGAUUCAAAUCCUA